GCUUUUUUUUUUAAUUCUUGAAAAAUGGGGAGAUAUCCAUGUUGUAAAGUUGAUGAAGAUUUAAAGAAAGGGCCAUGGACAAGUGAAGAAGAUGAAAAAUUAGUGGAAUAUAUUAAAGAAAAUGGACAUGGAAAUUGGCAAUUAAUACCUAAAAGAGCAGGAUUAAAUAGGUGUGGCAAAAGUUGUAGAUUAAGGUGGACUAAUUAUUUAAGGCCUGAUAUUAAAAGAGGAGCUUUUUCAGAAGAAGAAGAAGAAAUUAUCAUCAACCUUCAUUCUCUUCUUGGAAACAAGUGGUCAAAAAUUGCAUCUCAUCUCCCGGGAAGAACUGAUAAUGAAAUUAAGAAUUUAUGGAAUACGCAUCUGAAGAAAAAACUUUUCAAAUCAGGAAUUGAUCCAGUAACACAUCAACCAAUAACUGAUCCAAAUUUACUUCUUAGCCUUUCUAAUUUGAUGAACCCUUUUGAAUCUGCUCUUAGAUUACAAGCUGAAUUGACAGAAAUAGCCAAAAUUCAUAUUAUUCAAAAUAUAAUUCAAGUUCUAAAUACCCCUCCUCCUACAUUAAUUCCAUCUUUACAAGAAAAUAAUUACCCCAUGCAACAAUUUUACAAUAAUAAUAUUAUUGCUCCAUAUGACCAAAUUAUUACUAAUGAACCUUCUCCAAUUUCAAAAAAUUUAUCGGACAAUAAUAUGAUAAAAAAUUCGAGCGUUUUUGAGAAUAAUAUGAUUAAUAAUGUUGAUUAUAAUUCAGAAUAUUCAUCACUUCCUUCACUAGUUCCAGUUACACCUGAGAAUUCAGUACCAUUUGAUCAGCAGAUUAUUGAUAUGAUUAAUCCUAGUUAUUAUGAUGAUUUUUGUGAAUUGGAAAAAGUUCUGAAUGAUGAAGCAAAUAUUGUUUGAAGAUUUUUUUUUUUUAAUUAAUUGUGAUUGUGAUGUUUUUGUAUAGAUACAUACAUAUAGACAUGUAAUGCACCUUCAAUUUUAUGUUGAUUUUUGUGUACCUUUUUUUAAUUUUUUAAAUCUCAAUGUAACCCUUCACUUGUAUACCAUUUAAUUCCUUUGUUUAGAUAUUAAAAUGCCCGAAGACAUAAAAGCAUUUACUUCAUAUAGGUAUGAGCUAAAGAAGUGGUAUCGACAUGUCUGUUUAUUGAAAUUCCAAUUUAAAUUUAAAGGAAAAACGACUUUAAUUUAAACAUGUCGUAACAUUUGUAUGAAUUAACCUGUGGGAAUAUUUGGUUAAAUCCAGAAACAAAGCCCAAAAAUCAAGUAUUACAUGGUCUAGUUUCAAUUUUUUGGAUCGGGAAUGGUGAAAGCCCGUUCAAUCAAGUUUUUUCGAUUUUAUUCGCAAGGCAUAAGUUUAGAAACUGAUGAAAAUCUCAUAAGAAUAAAUUACGUUUCUUAAGACAUAACUUUUAAUUCAAUUCCUCCUGUCUCUCUACUUCACUUUCUGAAAAUAAAAUUAUAUCUUUGAUCUAUCGACACAAAAUACCAGAUGACAGAUUAGCUGAUGAAGUCGAAACAAGAUACUCAUAUCCAACAGAAACACAAACAAAAUCUGUAAACCAGUACAAUACAAGUUGACACAAAUGUUCAAUUUUGUUCGCUUUCACUCUACAACACAAGUUUUACAUGGUGCAAGAUAAUGAAACUUCAGAGACGCACGCUAUGUAUGAGGAGAUGUGACGAUGCACUAGAACGAGAGAAGGAACUCACAUCUCAUACUUAUACCUGAUAAGUUGCUGCCAAUUUGUUCCAUGUUAACUCAUGUGAGUUGGUGCUAUCAUCCUUGUGAGCUGACGUCGAGCAACCAAGGUUUACCAAUCCAAACCU